AUGACUCUAAGAAACAAUUUUUUAGAAUUGAACAACAAUCAAAUAACUACAAUACAGGAAGGAACAUUUCAAGACAUACCAGCACUUAACACCCUGUCAUUAGACAACAACCCACUGGACUGUCUUGACUGUGAAAUGUAUAAUUUCAAGCUGUUUUUACUAAACAAUACACAUUUGUCGGAUGCAUCAGCAACAUGUAAUGGCACAUCAACUCGUGUAUUAGAUUAUAACGUCACCGAAUGUGCAGAAGGUACUACAGCAUUUAAAACAGAAGAAAGCACAACAGUUUUAUCAACAAUAGACAGCACAACUGUUACAUCAAUGACAGAAGACACACCAUUGACAUCAGCGAAAGAGGACACACCAGUGACAUCAACGAAAGAGGACACACCAGUUACAUCAAUGAACGAAGACACACCAUUGACAUCAGAAAAUGAGGGAACAACAGUAGCAUCAACAAAUGAUGGUCCAUCACUGGCAUCAACGGGAGAAAGCACAACUGGCACACUAGCUACUCUUUACAUAGUGGGAACUGUUGGAGCUUUGGUUGCAAUUAUGAUUCUCGUUGGAGCAGUUCUAGGUACUUGUGUGAUAUACAACAGAAUGAAAAUGAAGAAAAAGUCAAGGAUAGAACCAUCGGACAGAUCUUAAAGGAGACAAUUUCCAGCUAUGCCACUACGCCAUGGGGGAAAUAUUAGUUGGUAUUAGUAUUCCGUUCGUAAGGCGCAUUAAUGUCAUUACCAACAUCUCCGUUAACAAUGUUUUGUUGUUGGCAUAUUAACUAUAUUUCAUGAAAAUAAAGAAAACCUCCCGAUUUCGUUUUUGUUUAUCAUCAUGUAUUCGUACGUUACAACAUAUACAACCUGUUCCAACAAACUGACCUUUAACUUAUAUUGAAUUUUUGAAAAAAAAUCAAUCUGGUGGAUUGCUUUAAAAAUCGUAAUAUUAAAGGAUGUAUUCUUCUGACUUUUCAGUCUCGUUCAGUCUCGUUGAAAUCUCGUUCUUGGAUUAUUUCCAAAACAUGUGACAGAAGUGGAAAACAUCAAUGAAUUUUCAAGAUAUUUUAAUCAAACAUAAAUCUGUGAAAAAAAUGUGUAUUUAGAAUGAAUGUUUUUUGAGAAAUCUUGUUUUCAAAUUUUACGACCAAUCAAGUCAGUAUUUUUAGCCAAAAUUUUGAGAAAAUGGGUGAGAGAUACAAAAAAUGUUUUUACGAGAAUCAUGUACAUCCCAUAUCAUUUUGAUCUUUUCAAAUUUCUUAGAUAUGUAUUUUUUCAAUCAUUUAUAACAAAAAAGUUGAAAUAAUAUGCAUUUUGUGCUAAAAACUGAGAAAAAUCACAAAAAUACAAAAUUAACAACAUGGUUAAUUUUUCUCAAAAAAGCGUCAAAAUAUGAUAAAACUUUCUGAUAUAAACACCUACUUAUAGUUUUUGUAAGUAAAAUUUAUUCAGAUUGGUCCACUUCAUACUUAUAGAAAGUAAAAAAAAACCAAGUUUAAUUGUGAAACUGUGAUUUUUUUUUACGAUAAUAGCCCAAAAUCAGGUAACAAUCGAUGAAAAAUGGGAAAAUCAUCAAAAUUGGCCAUUUUCAAAGGGCAAUAGCAAAAAAAGUAGUUCACCACCAUAUGAUUUUUUUCUUUACUAAUUGUUUUGUUACAGUUUUAUAAACUCAAAAAUCAGGUUAAGAAAAAAAAGUUUAAUUCUAGUAAUUUUUGGCUCCUCAGAGGUGAACAUCCUUAAGUCUUUCUACUUUUCCGAAGUUUUUCAUAGUCAAUUGUAGGCUUCCGAAAUCAAAUAUCAGCAACCUGUCAUUAAGAUUUUUGAUCGGCCUAACCAUAAUGGUAUUUAUAAAUUUAGACUAAAUUCGCCAAUUUGAGAUAGUCAUGUUGUGAAAGGCUUGUCUUUCUUUGUAUAGAUUUCAUACAGUAUUACGUAAUUAUCAUCUUGAAUGAGUGCUUCAUUUUGUAAUGUAAAUUAAUACUUUUAUUAAUUAUAUGUUGUCUUGCAGGUUUACUUUAUAUUAGAAUAUAAAUAUAUAUAUCUAUCAAUAAAAGUAGCACAAUAUUAUUCAAGAAAUUAAAACAAAUUGAAUCUAUAACAUCUGUAUGUUAAGUUCCAAUUUUGUAUGUCAUCGAUAUAAAGUUUAAUAGAUUUAUUGAUAUGUAUUCGAUUGGUUUAAAAAUAAAAGGGAUAUAGAAAUGUAUGUUAUACUAGUACUGUUGCUUUUAAUUUAGUUCUGCUGAUUUGUUAUGUUUUUAUUUCUUGUUUUCUGCCCUUAUUGUAUGCAAAAUAAUGCAACCAUUAUAUAUAAUACA